GGGGUGCAGGGGGUUUUGCUGUCCCUCCCCCGACCGCUGCUCCCCCCCAGGUUGGACCUGAGUAACUGCUCCCUGCACAGCCUCCCCCCAGGGCUGGCCGAGGCCACCACCGCCAUCGUCCUGGACCUGAGGGAGAACCCCCUGACGGCCCUCCCCGACAGCUCCUUCCUGGGCUUCACCCUCCUGCAGCGACUCGCGGUGCCGGUGGCACUGGAGUGCCCGGGCGGGAGCAGCGCCUGGGAGGAGGUGACGGCGAGCGGGAGCAGCCGCCUCUGCCAGGGCCAGAAGAACCCCUGCAACAGCUCUGAGGAGAUCGCCUGGCCGUGCCCUGAGAAUGCUGCCUGUGCCCCGGAUGGCCCCGGGCUCAUCCAGUGCCUCUGCAACAGCCCCUUCCACGGCUACAAGUGCCUGCGUGAGGGCACCUUCCCCGUGCUGCUCUUCUGCGGGGUCCUGGGAGCCGUCACCCUGUCCCUGUCCCUCCUGCUCUGGGGCACCCAGCGCCGGAAAGCCAAGACCCCCUGAGCGGGGAAGGGGGAUCUACGCCAGCACCUCCGCCGAGCUGGGGGGCUCUGGGGGCUGCGUGUCGUGGGGGGCUCUAUGUCCCGGGGGCUGGCUCCUCGUGUCGGGGCUGGGGAUGAAUAAAGCCCUCAGCAUCCUG